AUGCAUCCCCUUAGUGCUCAACUUGGUGAUCUUGACGAUGCCGAAAUGCCGGCAUGGGAUGACGAUAUCGAUUCAACCCUCAAUCAGCAUCGUGCUGAGAAACAUCGCCAGCGCAUGGAAGAGCACGAUCGUCGUCUGAGGGAGAAGCGAGGUCAGCGAGCAGCAACAGGAGGUUAUCACUAUGAAGGUGAUGCAACCCAUGGUAUGCACGGAGGUGUUCCUCAGUAA